AUGCCUUCACUCGUGGAGCGCCCGCGGUCGUCGCAAGAGGCGCUCCUCCGCCUUGAAAAAGGCACCGCAUCACCGAGCACCCAGCUACACGACGCUGCCCAAAUCCUUGGAGUCGACCUUUCAUUAUGCGAGAGUCACCCAGAAACACACCGAGAUGAUAAAAUCCAAAGCAAAGCUACGCCGAAGGAAGAGUGGGUCCUACGAUGGUUGCUGAAGAGGUUGCGAACAGGAAAGAAUUAUCGCGUGGAUCCUGCUUCAUUCCUGCUACUGAGACAACUGAUUGAUUUGAUUUCGCCCAAAAAUCUAGCCACGAUUUUGAAAGAUCAGAAAUUUCUGCCUAUCAUUUGUGAGACGAUUUCAGAUCUAGAGUCGGACAUCUAUGCGACAGUUGGAAAUGGGACAUCGGUCUUGAGCUUUGAUUCGGAAUCUAGUCGAACACUGUCCGGAUCUUCACCUCAGGAUGAACAGAACGGAGCCCAGGGAACAAAGCGAAAGAGGGGGAGUGCAAAGAAUUAUCCCGACGCGAUGGACGUGGACAGUCCGCCACAAAACCCCGCAUCGUGUUUUAUUACGUUCAUCCGCGCGCUGGAUUGCUUGCAUGGGGUCGUGACACUGGCACAGCGGACGAUCGGCGUGGAUGAGGUUGCUAACUCUCAUCUCAAACUUGCGCUAAGAGGGGACCCCGAUGCGAUUGCAUUGUCGCUUGGCAAAGCAUUCCAGUUGGCUGCAGUAGCCACUGUGCAAUUUACGCACGCAGGCAAAACUACCGAUCUUCAACAUUUAUUAUACGUGUUUCCAGCAAUUUUGGAACUGUGGGAAUUGAGGUCUUUCCGCCAGGAUGAUACCGAUAAUAAAACAAGCAACGAUUGCUUUGCGAAGUCCAGUUUUUCUCAUGCUCUCAGACUUCAACUCUGUCUACGGUCCAUCAACCUCGACACUGAUGAAAGAGCAUUUUUACUCCAUGCGAUUGAAAGGAUAGUUGCACUUCAUGUACUCCUUCCGAUUCGCUCAGCUUUCUUUGAGCGAGGCGGUUCUGGCAUCGAUUACUCCAAGGACGAGCCGGAUUGGAGUUCAGUCAAGCCAGUAACGGAUGCUCUUCGCCCAAUUGUUCGUGAAAGGUCCGAUACGCGGACUAUCCCAGAGGGUUCAUCUCAGCCUUUUUGGCAAUCGAUUGAUCUGUUGCCAGAACUGUUUGAUAACGCUGUACGAGCAGUUCCACGGGAUGAUUUCAGGCGGCAGACUCAUGAGGCUCCAUGGCUGGAAACCCUGUUCGUUGCCGUGGCAGAGCUGACUUACUCUAUCUCAAAAGAAGAUGAACCUGUGGACUUUACUCCUCGUUUUGUCUCUGUUCUGGAGCAUCUCUUCCAAGUGGCUCUCGAUCGAGAUGUUGGCCUGUCUCUCCACACCAUUCUUACCCACGCGAGCUAUACCGGUCUCCUCGAUGAUGGUUUAGAGCAGGUUCAGUGGACUGUCACCGCCUUGGUAAUUAGCCUCGGGGUCGAUGUCUUUUUGCCCAACUCAGGAUUGCGUGAUUCUCGCAAGCUUCUCGACGCCUUAUUGAACAAGAUCAUGCUUCAGUGGCGUAGUAGCGUUGCUCACAUUUCUGAGAGUUACCAAAUUGUCAAAAAUGAUAUUUUACUCCCACUGCUACGUGGGUUUGCAGCCGCGAGAGAUCUACCAGCUUUCUUAGAAGCUUGGCAUACUCAGCUUGUUCUUAUUGAAGAAGCCCGAGCUGGAGAUAAAAGCUUACCUUUGUUCUCAGUCUGGGAGGAUGAUGACCUAUGCGACGCCUACGGCGAAGUCAUUCGAACUUCUCUUAUUGGGUCAACGCUUGCAAGCCACAUCCAAAAUGCCGCCGCUGAUACCAGGGCCGAUGAUGGUAAAAUAUCAGAUGCCCCUGAGUCAUACGCGAAAUUUGUUAUCAUGGAAGCGGGCUCACGUGGACGUGCAUUUGACUUAACGAAAUCGGAGACGGCGUUGAUGCAGUUCCUGGAGACUUUGAAAUCCACUCUAUCUUCGAAGCAAAGCAUCCACUGGCGUUGGCGCUUAUGGCGAUUUGUGCGAAACAUUCUGCAGAAUAACAUACAUUCACCCGAUAAUGUGAUUAAGGGCGAAGCACAAUCUCUCAUUUCCAUUGCUUCCAAGACGAUUCAUCGCAACCACAAGCACCCGAACAAGACACCCCUUGCUUCUCUGGAAUCUUGGGAGGCUUACAGGUUUGCUUUGAUAUCCAUCAAAGGAAAGCCAACCGAGGAUCAGCUAGAGGCCUUCAACGCCCUUUCCAAAGACGUCACAGGCCUUGUUGUCUCUAUAUCUCGUGAAGAUGCUCAGAAAGCGAUGGAGCUGCCGUGGAAUGGCCGGAUAGACACAUUGAAUUCUCCGACUACUCUCGCUCUGGCUUAUGUUUUCGCCCUUAUCAGGGUUCCAGACAUCUGGGAGCGAAUUACUUCGGAUCACCGAUCACGUCUUUUCCAACAAUUGCUUUCCCUUGCUGCCGCUCAAUACCAUUCAUCAUCUUUACCCUUGGAAGCGGUGGCAGACGACGCACGUUUUCUGCAAGCAUGGGCAAGCAUUGUAUGCCAUGAAUACUUGCUCAAUGUGCCCUGUCUGGUGCCUGAUCUCGUUGUUCUUCUCAACAAGAAAGUCAUCGAGCAAGACCCUUCAGAUAGGCGGCUUUAUGUCGAGAGCUUGCAGAGAAUUCCAUCUGCUUUGAUCACUCGUGGUUUGAGAACCACCCUGUUGGACAAGUUGCAGGAUGUUCUUGUGCAGCAGUAUGAGACGAGUGAAGUCACUGUUGGGGUCUUGGCUAUGAUGGCCAAACUAGCAGCGAUGUCUAAGUGUGACGCGAACGUUACCGGCGAUUGGGAACCAAUCUGGACUGCUGCCCGAGCUAUCUCUCUAACGGGCACCGAGCUGGAUCUGCAGAUCAUGAAGUCAUUCAGAAGCUUACACCGCACGAUUAUCGCCAAGUUACUCGUACUUGCAAAGGACGACCGGAAUGAGAUAUUCAAGAAGUUGUUCGCCAGGGUCUCUAAACAGGCCGCUAAACUACGCCAAAUCGAUCGCGAUUCUAUGGCUUGUUUCAUUUUGCGCCUGGCAUUGUCAGAGCUUUGGACCUACCGUACCAACCUGCACAAGGCUUUCUCCGAAGAUGAUCUGGCUUCUUGUCGCCAAAGCGUAUUCAACUUGGUCCUUACGGACAUGAAAUCGGUCAAGGAUCAGUGCAGAAAGCAGAAGCUUGAAGAAACAAUUACUCUCAUCAAGACGAUUGAUGCACUGGAGGACUUCGAGGAUUUAGCAACAAACAAUAUCGAUGUGGAGAAGUUCUUAUCCAAGAUCGAGCAUUACAUGGCGAUGUCAAUUGAUUCGGCCCCCUCUCGCUUGAUCCGCCGUCGUCUCCUGGCUACGAAGGGCCCAGAGAAGGCCAUUACUGAACCGGCUCUGCAGUGUGCCGAGACCCUUACACUCCAGUCACUUUAUGCGGAAGACCAGCAGCUUUUUAUCCGGGCCACCACCGAACGCUUCCGCUCAAUGUCCGUUCCAAGAAUCACUCAAGCAAUCCGUGAGAUUCGCGAACUGGGGUUGACUGGUCACAAGGCGGAAUACCGCAUCCUUGUGGUUUAUCUUGCCAUUAUCUCCCUCCCAGCUGUUGAAGACAAGGACAGUGAAAUUGCAGGUGAACUAUCCCUACUUUGCACAGCCCUUGCAGGUGCUAUUGUGCACAGUACCUCAAUCGAGCAAUUCUGUUUUGCAGUAGAAUGCAUCACCCUUCUCCUCAGAGUACACACUCGCAUUCUCGUGCAAUGUAACAUCGAUACUAUCCUCGCCGCCAUCGCCACUUCCGCCUCCAAAUCGGGCCCGCAUAUCUCACCCGAAUACGCCCCGACAAUCUACACUCGCCUCUGCCGUUUGAUGGGCGUUGUGCUCGGUCUCCAGCGUCUGAAGAUUGGCGGCCGAUUCCACCUAGUCGUCAACGCCAUGCAACGUCUACUCAGCUGCCUCUUCGCGCGGUCACGUAAACGUUCCCGCUCUGCUCACGUGCAGACCUCGCUAUCCCAGCCUUUCUGGCUUGCUCCACUGGAGGCCUCACACACCUCUUCAUACACCCGUCUCCUCACUACACUAAGUGAUCCCACCGUGUCUGCCGUUUUCAAGCCUCAGCCUGGUGCCUCACGUGAUGCUCUCAUUGACGAAACAAAGAAGGCGAAGCGCAUUGCGGGACAAUAUCUCCAGUACGUUGUCAUGGAAUAUGCGCAGUACUCACUCCGCGGAUCUUUGUUGCCGGAUGUUAAGUCUGCCCUAUUGCCUGGCUUGUACGCGGCAUUGGAUGUGAUGUCGAAGGAGUCAUUGCGUGCAAUGAAUGCCGCGCUCGACGUCUCUAGUCGUGCGGUGUUCAAGUCUCUUUACGAUGACUAUGUCAAGUUCGGCAAGUGGAAUAAGGCUUAA